AUGUCGUGGCUUGACGAACUAGUGUGGCGGCUACAUGAGCUGCAAUGCCCGCAGGAUUUCGUCUUCUGCAUACUGCUCCUGUGCUGGAGCGGAUAUGAUCUCCUGCAGGAGUUUGAGUAUGUGGAGUACUUUGCAGGACAUGGGAACAUCACUCGGCAGAUGCAGUCUGCAAGGUACUGCGCUGUGAGGAUGGAUAUCAUAGACCAUACCCCUAGGAAGCCGAAAAAACAAAACUAUAUGGAUCUCUGUUCACCAUGUGGAUUUGCGCUUGGAGUGUUGGUGAUGUUGAAGACGGUUAUCAACAACUUCGCAGCCCACUUUGGCAUUAAAUGCUCUUCACUGUGCCGAGUGAACAAGGGGACCAGCAUGAGAUCGGCUUGCUCUUCGGAAGGCUAUGUAGGCCAUGUCUCUGUUCUGAUAUCCAACAAGCUGCUAGACAGGACCUGUGCCUUAGUUUUGCUGUGCACAGCAUUAGGCGGUGCCUGGAGUCUAGAACAACCAUCGGGGAGCCUGUUGGAAUAUUUUCCCACAUGGACUUAUGUCAUGCGGAAGAUCUUCGAUAACGGUGGCCCACAAGCAGUGCAUAUCGUUCGCUGGUGGAUGAAACAUUACGGAUCGAGAACUUCAAAGCGUCACAUGGGUUUUGCCAACUCACCAGCGAUUCGACGACUAGACCUUGGACGUUUGCAAGUUUCAAAAGGACCUGCACCCAAAACAUGCGUUAAAUACCACGACAGACAAGGACGUCUCAAAUACAAAGGAACGAAGCACCUAAAAGCCACUGAGAUAUACCCGAUGAAAUUUGCCAGGGCUGUCUUGGACCUGGUGGAGCCAUUGAAGCAGGGGGCCCGGGGACAGCCUUCACUCCCCGAUGGUGGGGCACCACCCGCCUUGUAUACAAUGACCCAAUUUGAAUGGCCAGUCCCUGCUGGGCUUUGGAAAUACGCAGAUUUUGCUGAAACCUUCAAUUACUUGAGGGGUUCCAAGCGCCUCGUCAUUCCAGAGGAAUGGCGCGAUGUCGUCCCCAGAAAGAUGAAGAACAGCUUCAGUGAUGGGGAUAGCAUUGGUGAUGUUUAA